AUGAGCGGAAACGUGAAGCUGAACGCUAUCGCUUCCGCUGCAACUUCCGCGGCGAAGAAGAAGGCGGAUGAAAAGCCGCGGGCAAUCCUUCCACAUGAGUUUCUCCUUAGCUUACACGGCCGACGUGUGACGGUCUUUUUGUCGUACCAGAACCACGAGCUGGAGGGAACUCUGAUGGCGGUAGAUGCUGACAAGGGUGACGUCUUUCUGGAGAAUGUUGUGCACUUUGUGUGGAGUCACGGUGUGGCCGUUGGAAACGUGAAAGAAGGCAGGCGUACGGAGUUGCGACGCUGCAGCAGUGCCAUGGUGAAUAGCCGGUAUAUUGAAAUAAUCACCCCCGCUUGA